UCAUAGAGGACAUUCUGAAAAAGAGGCCUGGAGGAGACCAGAUAAUAAAGGAAUACCGGAGGACAAACGCGCUUACAGAUGCUACGAGACGGAAAAUGGUCAACAUGGUUGUUGCCAACAUGACUGAAAUUCAUGGCACAUCACCAUCCAGAACUGUGAAGGAGCUGUAUGCUAAGGGCAUAGUAUCGGUCUUCCCACAGUUGAAGGAUCCCUUUUCUGAAAAGGGUUAUGAACAUUUCUAUGACUGUGAUAGUGGCACAGGAUAUCUCGCCUGGCGCAUCAAAACGAUUCAAAAGAGGGCCUCGGAGGACCAACCAACUCCGGCACAACACAAAAGAUGCAAGGGAGGACCAGCCUCUGAACGAGAUGUGACUGAGCCAGAGCUUACUGAUGAACAGCUAAAAGAAGCAAUAUCUCUCAUGAAGCAUGCAACUGAUGAAGAGGUGGUGCGACUGAAAAUGAAGCAAACAUUUGUUCAUCGCCAGAGAAUGGUCCAUGACUCUCACCAGUCACCUGAUGUGCUAUCAACAUUUACUCGUUUUGCUGAUGUUAAGGGUCUGAUUGAACAAGACUUCACUCUGCUGUUUGGAGAGGAGACUUCGGCAAAACUUCUAGAGAGAUGGCCAACGAUGUUCAAGGAAAAGACCAUUGAGCAGAGUAAAGGCCUGUCUCAUAUCAGCAUUGAACUCAAAAAACUCAUAGCAGAGUCACCUCAGUCAGAAAAUGGUGAUGUAGAGGAUUGGGACAGUGACCUGUCUUCGCUGUUGGUCUAUUUGCUCCCUCCUACUUCCCAGGGCCGGAGAAAGCCAGGGAGAUUGUCAGCUACACAUGCCAUAGAACACCUUGUGGUGUUUCUAAAGACUGGGAACAGUGUCCAGGGACAUUUACAGUAGAUGCCAUUGCCCAGACUCGUCAGCCGUACCUUCUCGCUAUUGGAACGUCUAGAACCAACCUCCAUGGUUUUUUCAUCGUCAUAGACCGGAUCGCCAUUCCAUGCCGAGCAACAUCUUCACUUGGGGCCUUUGAUGAGCUAUUCAAAGCCCAUUUUGUCUUUGUCUUUGUUCCUCAGUAACAUGUACACGUUCAUUCAGACCACCGUUUUCAAUAUUGAUGUUGGACUAGUCAAAGAAAAUCCUCGUGUCAUUGAGCUCCGAUCA